AUGAGCUCGAUCAAGGGGCCUCCUUCGGCGGACAAGCAGCUCCGCGCUCCCCCGGGGAUGCGCAUUGGCAUUGUGCACGCGCGCUGGAACCAAGAGGUCAUCGAGGCGCUCGUCUCUGGCACGCUCCAGUCGCUCUCCGACGUCGGCGUGCAGCCGCACCAGGUGAUGAUCGAGUCGGUGCCGGGCAGCUGGGAGCUGCCCUUUGCGACGAUGCGCAUGAUUGAAAAGUACAACGUGAGCGCGGUCAUUGCGAUCGGCUGCGUCAUCAAGGGCUCGACGAUGCACUUCGAGUACAUCUGCGAGAACUGCUUCCAGGGCCUCAUGCGCGUGAGCCUCGACUCGAAGAAGCCGGUCAUUCUCGGCGUGCUCAGCACGCUCACCGAGGACCAGGCCCUCGAGCGCGCGGGCAUCGGCCGCAACGGCAAGCCCGGGCACAACCACGGCCUCGACUGGGGCCGGGCCGCCGUCGAAAUGGUCAUCAAGAACCAGGACGCGUAA